CAGCUUCAGUAACCAACCCAACUGCACAGACUUUAGACAGCCAUGUAAAGGGAGAUCUCGCUAUCAGAAAAGAGACCAAGCUUCCAUCACCAUGGUGGACGUGAAAUGUCUGAGUGACUAUGAAUUACAGAAUGAACUUAAUAAGCUUGGAUUUUCACCUGGCCCAAUUCUAUCUUCCACCAGAAAACUGUAUGAAAACAUGUUAAUGCAAUUGUUGGUCUCACCUCCCUGUGCAUCACCUACAAUGAAUGGACCGGGAAAGCAGCACAGAACUCAAGACUAUGAAGACAGGAAAGAGCUGAGGGGCGUUAUCGUUUUGAAAGGAAAUAUCAUACUCUCAUCAGGAAAAAAGAAGGGACCCAAAAAAAGACCCAAGGCUUUCACCACUAAACCAAAACUCCAACAUAUCUACUGUCAGCAUCAUAAGCACGCUGAGAAAAUAAGGUGGGCCUCAGGAGCACUGUACACCAGGUUCAGAGAAUGGAGUAACACCGAAGAGAACGCCUACUGCACAGUCAACGGGAGUGCGGGGAGCAGGAGCCUAGAAAGGUUUCCCGCGGGCUUGAAGCUUGCUGUGUUUGGCAUCUUCAUCAUUGUGAUAUUUGUCUACAUAACCGUGGAAAGGAAGCCGCUCUUUGGUUCAGGGCUUUAGGAGCAGAGCAAUGAUUGCCUCAAGCCCUCCUGCUUCAAGGAAGAACGGGACUGCUCUGAAGGGGGAGGGCCAGCCCUGUAGCCAGGUAGUCUUCCCGAGCACUGUGCCCCUCCCAGUUCCGUACCCGGGCUCAGCCAGGUGGAAGGAACAAGGGGAAGAACGAGAGCUGAAUCAAAGGUACUUCUAGGAGGCAUGCCGGCCAUCAUUAAAGGUGCUUCUAAA